AUGGUCGUCAGCUUCACUAUCUUCAUCGUCACUCUCUUCGUCGCUGUGUUUCUAUAUUUCCGGAAAAAACACAAGUACUGGAGUGACAGAGGGAUAAAUGGUCCGCAGGGAUUGCCAUUGCUUGGGAGCUUCUAUGAUGUGUCCGAUGCCAACAAACCGCGUUGUUUUGUUUUGAAUGAAUGGACCAAGCUCUACGGAGAGACUUUCGGGUACUAUGAAGGAACUGUUCCUGUCCUCGUUACAAGCAAUUUGGAAAUUCUGCACGAAGUGUUCAUUCAAAAGUUCGACUACUUCUACGCCAGAAAGCUGACUAACAUGCUCCACGGCGACAUGGAGAGUCUCCAAGAGGAGCCUCGCGUCAAUCUCUUCACAGCUAGAGGUCCUCGCUGGCAAAAGUUGCGUGCUCUGACCACACCCGGAUUCAGCGUCGCUUCAUUGAAAAGACUCCACGGAAAAAUCGAGGAAAGCGUUCUUCGAAUGGUGGAACUUCUCGGAGAGCACGAGAAUGAUGGACCUUUCAAUAUCCACUGCUUCUUCCAAGAAUUCACCUACGAUGUCAUCUCCAGACUAGCUAUGGGACAACAAGGAGUCAAACAGUUUGAGAAUGAUGGAAUCGAUGUCGUAAAAAAGAUUCUUCUGAAAACUCAUAGAGUGCUCCCUUGGUACUUGGCUUCAAUCUUCCCUCAAUUCGAGUUCAAAGUGAAACAGUUGUUUUACAACCACGAGAAUGUUCGGGGUGGGAAAAUAGCGGAGCUAUUUAUGUAUUGCGCCAAGUCGGUGAUGGAACGAAUGAAGCAGAGAGAAAAGCAAGCUGCUCAAGGGGAAGAAAUUCAGCAGAAUGACUUUAUUGAUCUGUUCCUGGAUCACUACUCGGAAAUUGAGCAAAGCUACAACGAAAGCGGAAAGACAAUCAAGCAAGCGUGUGCUUGCUCGCGUGAAUGCGUGAAGCAGACUACACUCGGACCUCACCUCAUCGAUGAAGGUGUCCGAAUUGAAGCAGAUGUCAAAGCCAUCCAUUAUUCCAAAGAGAUUUGGGGAGAUGGUACAGAACUAUUUGUUCCCGAAAGGUGGUUUGAUGAGCAACGUCAUCCACUUGCAUCUCUUGCGUUUGGUGCCGGCAAGCGAAAAUGUGUGGGAAUGAGACUUGGGAUGUCGGAAGCAAAGAUGGCAUUGGCACACGUGCUCCGUAAAUGGUCAAUCGUCGCGGGACCCGAAACAGAGGAUCAACUACACUUUCAAGGGUGUACCACUACGUCUCCAGAAAAGGUCACCGUGCACUUGAAGGCCAGAUUCUAA